CAUACCUUUACACUUGUGUGUAUAAGAUAGCUGUUGUGAAAUUGUUAGGUUAGAUUACUCUUUGAUUAUUACUGCAUUGUCGGAACUAGAAGCACAUGCAUUUCGCUACACUUGCAUUAACAUCUGCUAACCAUGUGUAUGUGACAAAUAAAAUUAGAUUUGUAAAUGGGUGUAGCCUAAGCCGAAAAUAUAUAUGAUUUAUUAUAUGAUUUAUACUGGUAAUACUAAUAAUGACGUUUAUGUUUGAACAAUAGACCGGCCUAUUUAUAUGGGGGACUAUGAAAGUUAUCUCAUGCUAUGGUGCCUGGAAUCUACACCCUCAGCCAACUUUCCCAAAUGGUUUUGUUGUGAUGGAGUGCUGGUCUGGCAUGUUGUGGCUUCAAAGAUAACUGUAUGAUGUAAUCCACUAACCUUACAGGCCAGAUAAGUACACAUGACCUACUGGUCUAAAACUGUCACUCUGACACCAUUUCCAGGAGACGGUCACUCAGGAAGGAACACAAACCCCCCUACACCCUAAAAAGGACUUCCUGCUAAGUGUGAUGGUCUGAAGCAGGUGACUCUUUCAGCAGUGCAAUAGUAAUAUAAGUCACAGAGGCUCUAACCUGAACCAUCACCAGAGACAUAAAAAGCUUUACCGAAAGCUGUGUAAUGACUUGGGCAUCUUACAACAACAGGGGGAGUGGUCUUGCUGCCUCCUCGGUGUACAUAAGCCAUUCUGAUUUGCACCCUGCCUUUAUUAGAGGGGAUUCAUCACAGCCUGAGCUCAGAAAAAGACAGAGCUUACAGAGCAGAGCACAAAGUAACUGUGGGCAGGGCAUUGCUGCACAGAGCUGAGGCAGCAACAACAACACAAGCCAGCCUUCUUCUCCAGACAACAGGACCUGUGUUUGGGUUGAGCAUGGGACUGCAUGGGUCUAAACACCCUCAUCAGGCUCAGAUUGUGAUGCUGGGCCUGGACGGCUCGGGGAAGUCCACCCUGCUCUACAAGCUCAAGUACAACGAGUCUGUCAUCACCGUGCCCACCGUGGGCUUCAACGUGGAGAUGCUGGAGACGGAGGCGAGGGGUCCGGGGUUGACCGUGUGGGACGUGGGAGGCCAGCAGAGGAUGAGGCCCCACUGGAAGCACCACUAUCCGGGCACGGAGGCCCUGGUGUUUGUGGUGGACAGCUGGGACCGCAGGCGUUUGGAUGAGGCAAAGAAAGAGCUUCAUCAGGUGCUGAGGAGCGGGAGUCUAAAAAGCCUUCCUCUGGUGGUGCUGGCCAAUAAGCAGGACCUCCCGGGGGCAGCAAGCCCACAGGAGAUCACCCACAGGUUGGACCUGAGAAGGAUAUGUGGAAAUAGGGAUUGGUUUGUCCAGCCGUGCUCUGGGAGGACUGGUGUGGACCUUGAGGAAGGCUUCAGAAGGGUUGCCUAUAUGUUGAAAACUUCACUAAAGCAGACUAAGGCAGAUAUAAAGAACACAGUAAAACAACUGAAACCCAAAGCCAUUACGAUGAUGACCAAGACACCAGGCCUGGGCUGCAGCUAAAACCAGUGAUUAUAAAACCCUAUCGAUGGGUGUAAUAAUCUCCCUUGGAUUAUUUUGUAUUCUUCUUCUGGUAGAGCAUUAUUUAGAAUGCCCUGUGUUGGAUCAUUCUGACCCAAAACCCUAUCAAUGGGUGUAAUAAUCUCCCUUGGAUUAUUUUGUAUUCUUCUUCUGGAUUAUUUUGAGCAGUAUUUAGAAUGCCCUGUGUUGGAUCAUUCUGACCUACUCAUUCUUGAAUAUGGGAACAAGACUCUCCAGAACAAACUUUGAGAUCCCAACGUAUCUAACGCUGAAAGCUAUCAUUUUGCACGUUUGUUGUAUCAAAAACACUUUUGAACAAUGUGAAUUUCUGCAUUUCCUUGUGAAUUUUUUAUUAUAAAUUAAAAACCACUC